AUGGAUAAAUAUUUACAUGCUAUUCUACUUAGAAUGGAAAAGAAAUAUUGUUUAGAAGAAGUUAAUGAAGAAUGUAUUAUUUUGGAAUAUUCAACAAAUUCUUCAGUUAUAGUUAUAUUCUUCCAAGUUUUAAAUUCAGUUUGUAGCUUAUCAAUUAUGUUAUUUCAUGUUAUAUUUGACUAUGCUCUUAUUGCUUUUAUCUUAGAUCUAACAAAGUAG